AUGGGAUCUCUGGGGAGAGCUUUCUACAGCGUUGGGUUCUUGAUCAGUGAAACCGGCCAAGCCCUCGAUCGGCUCGGCUCGCGCCUGCAGGGAACCCAUCUUUUCCAAGAACAAGUUUCCAGACACAGAACACUCAUGAACUUAUUUGACAAAGUUCCAGUGGUUGACAAGAAUGCCUUUGUGACCCCCGGUGCAUCCAUUGUUGGGGGUGUCUAUGUUGGAACUAAUUCUUCCAUUUGGUAUGGAUGUGUUCUCAGAGCCAAAUCCAAUUUAGGUGGAAAAGUCUUGCCAAUCCUUAUUGGUGACAAUGUCACUGUUGGUCAUACGGCUAUCUUGCAUGGAUGUACUGUGGAGGAUGAGGCGUUUGUUGGUAUGGGUGCAACACUGCUUGAUGGGGUGGUUGUCGAGAAACACGCAAUGGUUGCUGCCGGAGCACUCGUGAGGCAGAAUACAAGAAUACCCAGUGGACAGAUAUCGGGAGGAAAUCCGGCCAAAUUUCUGAGGAUGCUCACUGAUGAUGAAAUCACCUUCAUCUCAGAGUCAGCUACCAAUUAUGCCAGCCUGACGCAAGCUCAUGCUUCUGAAAAUGCAAAAGAAUUCGACAAGGUGGAAUUCGAAAAGGUGCUCCGGAAGAAGUUAUCUUGUCUGGAUGAAGAACCUGAAGCACAUGGUUCGCUGUUGGGGGCUUUUCGCGAGACGCAGCCAGAACUUGUUAACAACAAAGCUGCAUAG